CCUUUUUUGUGUGAUAUCGUCUGGUACGACUCACCAUGUAGCCGCGCAGGCUGGAGGGUCUUUUCGCUAUGGGUUCCCAAGGGUCAAGGUAUUGUAAUAGUAUAACCAAACACUCAAUGCCACAUGCAUGACAGGUGUUCGAUUUGGAACUUUGUCUGGUACUCUGUCUUCACUGUUCUGUAUUCUGCCAUCGGUGAUGUCUUUGGUAGAACCAGAAUGAAGACAGCCUGGAUGCGGUCUAGUCGUUCUGAGAUUAUACUGUCACAACUUGAUCUAGAUAAUUCUAGCGAAAGGACAUGCGUGGCGCUGAUUGUCCCCAUCCCUCUUGUUCUUAUCAAGACGAGGGGGAUUGAGGUCUGCGUUGAUUGCUGACUCGUUCUAGACAAUUGCAAAUUGCCUUGUACCUGAACUCUUGCCAAAAUGUCCACUGACAAGAUUACUUUCCUCACCAACUGG